AUGUCGAAUCAGACAGGAUUAAUGAAGCGGGCCUUCGACUACACAUGCAGCGCCUCCAAGCCCUGCGAGAUAGGAUGCUGUUCUAGCACUGGAGUCUGUGGCUAUGGUCCUGAUUUUUGCGGGGAAACUUGCAUCUCCAAUUGUGAUCGCAAAGCCGAAUGUAACCCAGGAUGGGGUACCAAGUGGUCAAAAGCCGACAAGUGCCCGCUGAAUGUGUGCUGCUCCGAGUUUGGCUUCUGUGGUACCACAGAGGAGUUUUGUGGCAACAAAACUGUCACAGCUCCAAGCUGUGAUGGUGGCUCUAGCUCGUCCAAAAGAACCAUCGGUUACUAUGAAUCUUGGAGUCUCAGUCGCAACUGUGAUAGAGUAUAUCCUGAAGCUAUUCCUAUUGGAUCCUAUACACAUCUAAACUUCGCAUUUGCCUUUAUUGAUCCAUUGACCUUCAAGGUGGCGCCCAUGAAUGAGGGUGACCCAGAGCUCUAUAAGCGCUUCACAGGACUGAAAAGCCUCUACCCGGACCUACAAACUUGGAUAUCCAUUGGAGGCUGGAGCAUGAAUGAUGCAGAUCAGCCAACAGCCACCACCUUUUCUGACCUGGCGGCGUCAAAAUCUGCACAGAAGAAGUUUUUUGCUUCCCUUCUUUCUUUCAUGGAAACCUACAAUUUUGACGGUGUGGAUCUUGACUGGGAGUACCCUGUCGCCGAGGAACGCUCGGGCAGAGAAGAAGACUUUGAUAACUUCACCUCCCUUUUGCAGAAUCUACGAGACCAUUUGAGUUCAAGCGGGAAAAAAUAUGGAUUAACCAUCACAGUUCCUACCUCUUACUGGUACCUCCGGCAUUUUGAUAUUGCAAACAUGGAGAAGAUUGUUGACUGGUUUAAUAUCAUGUCAUAUGACCUUCACGGCACCUGGGAUAAUGACAACCAGUGGACAGGGCCCUAUGUUCGGGCUCACACCAACCUGACUGAGAUCAACACCUCGCUCGAGCUAUUGUGGCGGAAUGACAUCGAUCCAGAGAAAGUUGUCUUGGGUCUUGGUUUCUAUGGUCGAUCAUUUACUCUUCAGGAUCCUGGCUGUAAGAAGCCUGGCUGUAUCUUCUCUGCUGGAGGAAAUGCUGGUGACUGCACAGGCUCAGUGGGAACUUUAUCCUAUGCAGAAAUUGAGAAGGUAAUAGAGAAUGGAGCUGAGGUGGAGCUUGAUCACAAAGCAGCAGUGAAUUUGGUCACAUGGGGUGGAGACCAAUGGGUCAGCUACGAUGAUAGCGAGACAUUGAAGCUCAAAUUGGACUACGCUAACGACCAUUGCCUGGGAGGCACCAUGGUGUGGGCGACUUCCCAGGAUGAUUCCAAGGGAACAGCCUCUGCGGCACUUUCCAAACUCACUGGCCGCUCUGCACUUGCGCUGUCGGCUCGCUCUACGUCCACCACAGAUCAAGUCCAGUCGUGUCGGCUGGGAGAGUGUGGGAAAAAAUGCCCCAGCGGUCUCAAGCCUGUUCAACGAAGUGAUGGGAAGAACAAGGGCAACACAGGAACCAAUACAGGAUGCCCAGACGGUGAAAAUCGGUUGUACUGCUGCCCGCCAGACAACAUGCCAACGUGUCGGUGGCGGGGAACUGCCCCAUUCUGUAAAGGCAAGUGUCAUGAUGGUGAGGUUGAAGUGUCCAGCAGUAUGAGCGGUACGGGUGCUUCCUGUUGGACAGGUCAUAAAGUCCUGUGCUGUGAGCAGACAGCUGCCAACAAAGCAGUUUCUGAAUGCAAAUGGACUGGAAGUGCGCCGAGCUGCGCCGGGCUUGGUGGCAAGGCCUCUUGUCCAGAUAGCCAGAAGAGACUCACAUACUCGAAUUAUGGGGCCGGAGGCGAACAGCCAUGCUUCACAGGGAGCAAGUCUUUAUGCUGUGACCAACCUCCCCCGUAUGAGAACUGCGAUUGGUAUUACCAUGGCGGUAAGAUCUUGGGCCAGAUACCCUUCAAGUGUACCGGCACUUGUCCUGCAGGAAAGGCAUCGAUUGCCACUGAUCCAACGGGAUGCUUAACAGGAUACGGUUCUUUCUGCUGUGACUCCCCUGCAACAACGAAUGACCCUUGGGUUUCUGAUUUCUCCAAGCGACUGGAGGGUUUUGCCAAGAAUCCCACAUGCGGGAAGAACGAUAGGCUGAACGCCAAGCGUGAAGAGAAGAACGUUCAGCUGUCCAAGAGACAUGAUCUCAGCAAAUCGGAUUGGUCUGAUCUGUUGAUGCAGAUUACAGCCCUUGCAGCGGGCACAGCCCGGACUUAUCAAAUGACGUUAAUGGCACAAGAAUACAAUACCUCCUACGCUGCUGACAUUGGGCUCGAUCUGGAUCAGAUCGCCGAAUAUCAUGCCGACUGGCCCAACACGGACUCUGUUGCUCUGACGCAAAGCUUGAUGUGCUUGGGGAAGAAGGCCUCUGAUACGGUCGAUGACUACCAGGAAGCUCGAUCAGAAGUCUGUAUCAAUCGGUGUCCGUCGGCAAGCACGAAGCGCCGAAGUGUGAAGGGUUUUUCUUCUUCGCCGCCAUCGACCAACAUCUCCAACCACCUGGGGGCUCGACGAAUUGACCUACUUGAUGAUCCACAGCCCGGUGGAGGUGGGUACAUGCCAACUUGGACGUACAUGAUCCAGGCCAUCAUGGAUGGUGAGUUCAAGUUGCUGUACGAGCAGCUGAUAUACACAAACCGUGGAGAGCAGAUCCUUGAGAUUGCUUGGGAACUUCCUAGUGGUCGCGACGGUGACAGCUAUCGAGAAAGCAGUGACGAUCAAUAUGUGGUAUUCCACUUUCACUUCGAUCAUCUUGUAGAUUUCGAAGGUACCGACUACGCUGGGAUCUAUGCAAUGGUCGCGUUCCAUGGCCAACGGCGAGGACGCAUGCGUAUAGAUGGCAAUGAUCACACCAAUGCCAACGCACGGGCUCGUCUGAUUGAAUGUGAUCCUGAUGACGAAGGAGACGAAAACACGCUAUAUUGGUACCCAGGAGAUAAUUCAAUUGAUGCGGAGAGUCAAUGGGGACAGUGGCUGACUGAUUUUGGCGUCUGGUUGCAUCAACAAGAUCUUAUCACUGCGCGAACAUUCACCGGCUCACGCCGUGGGCAGUUGAGCACCUACCAGGAUGAAAACAGUUUCUGCCCUGAACGCCGGCUAUUUGACUGGAACGGAUAUCAUCAGAGUCGACAGUUCACCCCAGGAGGCGAAUCUGAGGGGGAGCGGACUGAUGAUGAAGAUGACCAAAAUGAUAAUGAUGGCGUGUAAGCUAUCUUCAGAGUUGCAGUUGGUCAUUAUUCGAGAUGCUUCUGCAUGAGGGUUCAAGCCGGUGAUUCUACCAAGUACCUAGCCAAGCGUUUUAUUGAAAUUAGUGACAGAACAAAAAUAUACAAAUUAUGUAAGGGCAGUAUCCUGCUCUGUGUAUUAGGCAUGAUAACAGCAAAAUGCG